AUGGUAAAUGAUUCUUGGCUGGAAUAUAUGCCUCAAACCACCAUCAUUCAUCUUCCCUCAGUAGGAUCAGACCACUAUCCUCUAUUGAUGGAAAUGAAUGCUAGAAGGGAUGACCACAUUAAAUAUUUCAAGUUUCUCAACUACUGCGCUGACCAACCUAACUUCCUAGACAUUGUUCAAGCUUGCUGGGAUAAGGAACUGGAGGGCAACAGCAUGUGGAGGUUUCAUCAGAAAAUCAAAAGACUGGCCUGUACUCUCAGUGCUUGGUCUAAGGGAGAAUUUGGUGACAUUUUUAUUAAAGUCAAGGAGUAUGAAAAUAGAGUUAAACUUGCUGAAGAACUCUUUAUACAAACUAAUACAGAGGAGAAUAGAACUGCCCUACAUGAGCUCAACACUAAUUACAUCAGAUUCUUGAAGUUAGAAGAGUCCAUUUUGAAGCAAAAUACUCAACUCCAAUGGUUUAAAGAGGGUGAUAGCAACACAAAGUAUUUUCACUCCUUAAUAAGAGGGAGAAGGAGGAGAUUAUUCAUACACAGAAUUCUGAGAGAGGAUGGUGAGUGGAUACAAGGAGAUGAAAUUAUUGCAAAGGAAGCAUGUGAUCACUUUCAGCAUAUUUUCACAGGAGAGGAUAAAUUCAUCAAUGAGGAGCCCCUUGACUAUAUUCCCAAAAUGCUUAAUCAAGAACACAAUGCCAUGCUAACUGUCAUGCCUACUAAUGAGGAAUUAAAAUAG